CGACCGGUUCUCGUCGUGUCCCCCCUCCCGCCCCUGUUCCACUUCUACACGGUAACCCCGCGCCGGUGUCCGCCCGGUUACCGGUCGCCCACCAUGAUCCGUCCGUCCGGCGAGCAACCGUCUCCGUGACCCCCUCAGUGGUUCGGUUUACCUGGGUUCUUCAGGUCGUCCGUGAUGCGACGCUCCGUCAGCGUCCGUACGUGAGAAGUCGUCUCGUCGCCGGUGUUUGUGCUCGCGCCGCCGCGUAUGUGCGUUUACUGUGCGCGUGUGUCAUGUUAUUGUCGCGUCACGCUCCGCGGGGAACUGGUUUCGCGCCGAAAUCGCCGGCCAACGGGGCCCGUAGACACGAAACGUAACGCGCACAUCCCGCGCCCGAUGGCGUACGGCCGCUGGCUGUUGCUAAUCAUAUCGUUCCUGGUCUUCUCGGGACCGCCGUCGGGAUGGGCGCUGUCCUCCAACAAUCGGCCGCCGCAGUUUCUGCCUGGAGGCGACAUGGCUCGGUUUUCCGUGUCCGAAGACACGCCGGUCGGCAAGUCGGUGUACAAGCUGUUGGCGAUCGACCCGGAUGGCUCCCGGGUGUCGUACACCAUUAGCGGCCAAUAUUUCAGUGUCGACCGGUCGACCGGCGUGGUCACACUGGUCAAGGGCUUGGACCGGGAAACAUUGGACUCGCUGGAGGUGGUCAUCAGCGUGACCGAUGAACCAAUCGGGGAUUCCGACACGAACACGGUGUCGCUGAGAAGAGAGAUAGCUGUCAUCGACGUCAACGACAACCCGCCGGAGUUCUUAGGGAGACCUUAUUCGUUUAGCGUUUCGGAAGACACGCCAGUCGGCACAAUCAUCUACAGAAAUAUAACCGUCGUGGACAAAGACGUCGGACUCAACGGUGAGAUCGUUAUGACGUGCAUCCAAAAUAACGAACCCUGCGUCACAUUCAACCUGCUGACCGAAAAAGUGUCUUCCGGCACGUACGUGGGAUCGAUCCGGUUGGCGCGACCGCUGGAUUUCGACACAGUGUCGUCGUACAAACUGACAGUGCGGGCGUCAGAUGGUGGGGUUGGAACGGUAAAGAACGCGCUUUCGUCGACGGCCAACGUGUCCGUGGUGGUCAGGGACGUGCAGGACGAACGACCGGUGUUCACGAACUCGCCGUACUCUAUCGUCAUCGACGAGAACACGCCGGCAGGGGUGCGAGUACUAAAGGUUACGGCGGAGGACGGAGAUGCAGGAUCUAAAAGGCCGGUCGUGUUGAGCGUGGAUGACGAUUUACUCGGGUAUUUCACCAUCAAGAAUGAAUCUAAUGGCACUGCGUACGUGUUUACCAGCGAAAAUCCGAUCGACCGCGAGGACCGGGUGGUUGCCGACGCAGGCGGAAUCUAUACGUUUCGACUGAAGGCCACCGAACUCAUUAACAACGAGGUGCCCGGCGAUGUUAGCUACGAGAUUGUUACUGUGGUCAUUCAGGAUGUAGACGACGAGAAACCCGAAUUCAACCAGAACAGUUUCACUACGUCCGUGUCCGAGGACAUAAGCAUCGGAACUCCUCUGCCAGGCUUGAACAUCAUAGUUAAUGAUAAGGAUUUGGGAGACAAUGGCCGGUACGUUUUAGCCAUGAGAGCUUUUGACUCUAGGGUGUCUAAUUGGUUUAAAAUAAUUCCCGAAACAGCCUUGGGAAGGACAAACGUCCUGAUUCGUCUGGUUGAAAACGAAGGGUUCGAUUACGAUGCAGGGAUUACUGACAUCGAAUUCGAUAUCGUAGCUAUGUAUCAAGACACAAUCAGCGGAGGUUUCAAAGAAGCUUCUGCAGCUCAUGUCAAAAUAAAUGUAAUAGAUGCUAAUGACAAUUUACCGAAAUUUGAUCAAUCGACUUAUGCGUACUCCAUACCUGAAAAUUUAAUACCUGGAUCAAAAAUCGCAAAUCUCACGGCUACUGACAUUGAUAGUGGUAUAAAUUCUAAAAUCACCUACAGUUUACAAGGUUUCGGAAUGGACAAAUUUAAUAGUGAUCCUGAAUUGGGUGGCAUUUAUUUAACAAGCAAGGUUGACUACGAGCAGCAAAGUUCAUACUCUCUAACAAUGGAAGCUAAAGACGGUGGUAAUCGUUCGACCCAUGUAGUGAUUUUGGUCGAAAUAGUUGAUGUGAACGAUAAUGCUCCGGUGUUCAAUUUCCCGGAGUACAAGAGGACCAUAAGGGAAGGAGGUACCGAGUUCCAGCCGAAAUUCUUCGUUCAGGCGACCGACGUGGAUAGCGGGCUCAACUCAAUGAUUCGCUACUCGGUAGUCAGUUCGAACUACCGUGACGUCGUGCUAGUGAAUCCGAACAGCGGCGAGUUAACGUUGGCGUCCCCCGUGAGUUCGAGUCACACAUCCAGAGGCCAGUACGAGGUGGUAAUAAGAGCGACGGACUUGGGAACGCCGUCGCUCCAUUCGGACGUCAACGUCUUCGUAAGGGUUGGCGUGUCCGGGAACCAAAGACCGGUAUUCAAAAACCUCACGUAUUCGGUGACCAUACCGGAGAACGCACCAAGGGCCUCGGAAAUCCUGAGAGUCCGGGCCACCGAUCCGGACGGGCCCGACAACCUGAUCGAAUACAGUAUGGUCAACAGCAACGACAACUUUCACAUCAACAAGAAGACCGGCGCCAUAUCCGUGUCGGAGCGUGCAAUCCUGGACCUGGAUUCCGCGGCUGCGACAUCUCGCUAUCAUUUGGUUGCUAUCGCGAUGGACAGUGGGCUGCCCAUCAGGGAGUUAGCACACGCCGACGUGUAUAUCAACGUGACGGACGUGAACGACAAACCGCCGAAGUUCGACGACAAUGCGAGUUACAUUGUGUACGUGCCCGAGAUGACGGAUGUAGGUACGGUCGUGUUCAAAGUUAACGCCGUUGAUCCAGAUCAAAAUGCCUCCGUGAAGUACGCGAUCGUUGAACCGAUCAGAGCCAGCGACAAGACGGGAUUGCAGUUGAAAAAUACCAGCUCGUACAAUUUCAAAGAAGUAUUUAGCAUAAAUAAGCAUACGGGUGAGAUCAAAGUCAAUUCAUCGCUCAAUCAUCAAAUGGCUUCGGUGAUUGUGCUGACGAUCAGAGCCGUGGACAUGAACGCCGUAGAAAAUGUUCAAGAUCAAUUCGACCAAGUCGAAAUCACGUUCUUCGUAAAACCGUUCAAAAAUAAGAAUCCGUUGUUCACCAACGGCGGAUGGUCGUCCGAAGACUCGUCCACCCUAGUGCUAAAAGUUGACGAAGAGUCUCCAAUCGGCUCGGAGCUAGUGCAACUCAGAGCAAUCGACGUGCUCACUAACGGGUCACUGUACGACUUCAAGGCGGUUACGGCCGUACCACGACAAAUCGCCAUGGACUACGCCGGCAAAGUUAUCUUGACAGAACGAUUGGAUUACGAAACACUAGAGAAUAAAACGUUAACGUUCCAAGUGAAAGUCACUACGGAAGACGGUGAACGGUCUACAAGUAAAACGAUUGUAAUCGAAGUUCAAGACGUCAACGAUAAUAGCCCAGAGUUUGAAUAUCCGAUAUAUCGAACGUCCCUUGUUGAGUCAAGCCUAAAAGGAACUGUUGUUCUAUCAGCUAGAGCAAAUGACAAAGACUUACCAACAUCUCAAAAUGGUAUGAUUAGAUAUCAUCUUGGAGGCGAGAAUUCAAAUUUGUUCACAGUUGAUCCUAUAAGUGGUGAGAUCAAAGUUUCGGGUAACGGUGCAAUUGAUCGUGAAAAAACUCCGUUUUUGAAACUAACCUUAUUUGCAUCGGACACACCGCAAGGUGGUCCUCAACAAAAGAUUUCUUCAGUGCCAGUACAGAUUGAUGUGAAAGAUAUAAACGAUAAUGCACCAGAAUUCGAUUCUUCGAUUUAUAUUGCAGUAGUGCUAGAGAACGUAAUCCCCGAAACAAGUGUGCUGAACGUAUCGGCUCACGAUCCAGACGAAGGAUCUGCUGGUCUAGUGCAUUAUAAGCUCAUUGACGAACAACAACUAAAAGGAUUCCUGUACAUAAGUUCGACAAACGGAGAAAUAAGGACGUCUAAAAGGCUAACGGGUAAAGGUCGUUCUGACCCUUAUGAAAUGAAAAUAAGAGCUGAAGACAACGGAGAACCCGGAAUGUUUACAGAUGUUAAGCUCAGUCUCUAUAUUAGUAAUAUAAUUGAAAAUGACGGAGUACCAAUGUUCGUACAUCCCACUUCUGACGAAAUUGCUUAUAUCUCUGAGAAUGCUUCUAUGGGGUCAUUAGUGUUCAGAGCGUUGGCUACCGAUCCAGAUGAUCCCAAUACUUUGGAAGGAACGAUUCAUUAUAGCUUUUUAGAAGAUACAAAAGACUCAUCUGUUUUUUCGAUUGAUUCAGAAACUGGAUUAAUAACUACCAAGGCAAUUUUAGAUCGCGAAUCACAAGAAAAGUAUAGUCUUGUCUUGGUAGCAAAAGACUUGGGUGAUAUACCGCAACAAUCGACUAAAAUGUUCAACGUUAUCGUAACCGAUGUCGAUGACAAUAAACCAGUGUUCAAUAGAUCAGUGGAAGAAAAACCUUUAAUGAUGGAAGUCGAAGAAGAGUCACCUCGUGAUACAUUAGUUGGUUACCUUACAGCAUACGAUCCAGACAUCGGAGAAAAUGCUUUAAUCGAUUACAUUAUUACAGACGGCAACGAAGGUAAUGUUUUUUAUCUCAACGUUUCGGACAAUAUAGCUGAGAUUCGAAUCAACGGGAACAUUGACAGAGAAUCUGUAUCGGAAUACAUAUUGACAAUAAAAUGUUUUAAACACAAAACGAAAGCUUAUAGUUUACAGAAAACAUAUAACAAACAGGAUCCCAGCGAAAGACAAGUGGUGAUCAAAGUGCUUGACAUCGACGAUAACCUACCGAAAUUCGUCGACGAAAACAUGACAUUGGGCGUCAGGGUGAGCGUUCCACUUGACACGCUUGUAGCUACAAUUCAAGCGACCGAUGUCGACAGUUCAGCGGAACAAAUCACGUAUCAUAUUACAAACCUUACAUUUGCUCAUAUCUCGGACAGCCAGGAGGAGAUAAAAAGUUGGCCGUUCUUUUUGGAUCAGUUGACUGGUCAGAUUAGAACUACAUCGUCUAUGGUAUCCUAUUCAGAAGGUCACUUUAAUAUCAUGGUCGCCGCUGUUAACAGUGACAUACCCGGUCGACAUUCUAAUACCACAAUCAAGAUUUUCAUCGUCAAAGAUCGUGGACUGUUAAAAUUCGUUUUCACAAGGCCGCCUAACAUAGUCGGUCAUUAUAUUAAAAUGUUCAAAGAAGACGUUGAAAAGUCAUUGGGAAUAUCUCAAGCCAGCCUCAAUUUAUACGAUACACAGUUUUACUCGAAAAAUGACGGAAGUUUGGACUUUAGCAGCACAGGUUCGUGUUUUCAACUAGUCGGUCCGAAUAAUUACAAUCCAAAAGAUACCAUAUCAUUGCUCGAGGACCCUAGUAAUCAUGAGUUGAAAAAUGUGUACAAAAAAUAUGAAGUUAAAAAUAUCGAACGGUGUUCCCCGAGACAAAUGAAAUCAGCUGUUACGUGGGUACAGAUAUCGAUGUUAGGUAUUGCGAUAUUCAUUGGAAUCGUAUCGUUCUUUGCUAUUUGCCUUUUGUGUUGCUCUUAUAAAAAAUGGAAAAGACUACGAUGAAAACGUGAUGAUUGUCCCUUAGACGUGAGCUCAAUUUAUGAGUUGCCAUGUAAUAGUGCUGUGAUUCAAAUACUAAACAAUCAAAAUAUAUUUAUUUUUUUUUUUUACUUUAUCAAAUUAUGAUUAUAAACGUGUACAUAUAGUAAUUACAUUAUU